AUGGCCUCCGGGGACGCAGGCUCUGGCCAGCAGGGCGGCGGCGGCGGCAGCAGCGGCGACGACGGCGGCAAGCGGCGGCAGUCCAGCGUGCCGUCGAACAACGCCGCCUUCGACAGCAAGAACGGCAGCGGCAGCGGCGGCGGCAACACCGGGCCGCGGAGCGGGGCGGGCAGCAACCCGCAGCACAAUGGCAGCCAGAACGGCUCAGGUGGCAACGGCUCAGGUGGCAACGGGUCUGGUGGCAACGGGUCUGGCGGCCACGGCUCUGGCGGCAACGGCCACAGCACUACUAAGUUCCAGCAGCAGCAGCAGCAACAGCAGCAGCAGGACGGGCACGCGACGUCGCAGCUGCAGCCGGCCGCGCCGGCGCCUUCCCCGCCGAGCAAGCAGGCGGCUGCGGCAGACGCCGGCGCCGCUGCCGCGGCGGGGGCGCCUGAGCCGGCGCCGAUGGAGGUGGACCGCGAUCGUGUCGGCUCGCCUGAGGGCGUUGCGCCGGCCGCCAGCCCGGCGCCGUAG